AUGUACAAUAACUCAGAGAUAGUGUCAGAGGGAGAGACUGACCUGAAGAUGAUCAACCCCAAGACUGGGAAGAGGUAUGUGGUGAACUUUGUGGUCAUUGACUCAGACAGUAUGCCGUUGCUUGGAGCGAACGCCAUACAGCAGAUUGGAGUAGUGACUGUUCAUUACGAUAGAAUCCUAGCGAUCCGUGGUAGCAUACCCAUUGAUGAGACAAGCACUGUCAACAAGCCGUUGACAAAGGAGAGUCUGAUCCAAGAGUACAAAGAUGUAUUCACUGGGUUAGGAAGGCUGCCAGGAGAAUGUCAUCUAGAAACAGAUGACAGCAUCACACCUAAGGUCCACCCACCAAGAAGAGUGCCCGUAGCAAUAAAGGAGCAGCUCAAGACGGAGCUAGACAGAAUGACGAGAGAAGGAGUCAUUGAACCGGUGACAGUACCAACACCAUGGGUGUCAAGCCUGGUCACCGUGAGGAAGCCAUCGGGAAAGCUGCGAAUUUGCAUUGACCCAAGGGACCUAAAUGAAGCCCUCAAGAGAAGUCAUUAUCCAGCACCGACGAUUGAAGAUAUAAUCCCAGAGCUAAGUAAAGCCAAGGUGUUCAGUGUCCUUGAUGCCAAGAAUGGCUAUUGGCAAGUAGCAUUGGACGAAGAAAGCUCAGUUCUGACGACGUUCAACACUCCCAAUGGACGCUAUAAGUGGAAACGCCUCCCCUUUGGGAUUAAAUCGUCCCCUGAGGAAUUCCAGAGACGCCUGGACCAGACGUUAGAAGGUCUAGCAGGCGUGAAGCCCGUGGUGGAUGACAUCUUGGUCUGGGGAGAAGGAGAAACCUUGGCGGAAGCCACCUCAGAUCAUGACAGGAACCUGAGAAGCCUCAUGCAGAGAUGCAGAGAGCGCAGUCUGAAGCUGAAUCCAGACAAGGUCAAGCUCAGAGAGCAAGAGGUUCCGUUCCAUGGUCACCUAAUCACAAGCCAAGGGCUGAAGCUGGACCCCUCCAAAGUCACAGCAAUAACCCAGAUGCCCCGACCAACUGACGCACAAGGAGUGCAACGCCUGAUUGGUUUUGUGACGUACCUAGCCAAGUUCUUACCAAAGCUCAGCGACAUAUGUGAGCCUUUGAGGAAGCUGACUGUGAAAGACAGCGAGUUUGUGUGGCUGGACGCACACGAGAAGAUACUGGAAACCCUGAAGAAGAUGGUGUCCACGGCACCAGUGCUGAAGUACUACGACACAACUGAAGAGCUGACGCUCCAGACAGAUGCAUCGAGCACGGGACUGGGAGCAGCCAUCAUGCAGAGUGGCCAGCCUGUUGCGUAUGCUAGUAGAGCUCUGACCGACACGGAGACGAGGUAUGCCCAAAUUGAGAAGGAGAUGCUCGGAGUAGUGUUUGGUCUGGAGAGGUUUCAUCAGUACACCUACGGACGAGAAGUGAAUGUGCAGACCGAUCAUAAGCCGCUAGAGAUGAUUGUACUGAAGCCACUUCAUGCAGCACCAAAGAGAUUGCAGCGCAUGAUGAUGCGUUUGCAACAAUACAAUGUAAAGGUGAGUUAUAAACCAGGAAAAGAACUCUACCUGGCUGACACGCUAAGUCGCGCAUACCCACCAGAUGACGGAAGAAGGAGCAAGACCGAGAUGGAUGCUGAGCAAGUGAACGCAAUCAGUGAGUUCAUCUCAACGCCAACGAUAGAAGAUAUUCGCGAGCAUACCAGCGGAGAUGCAGACAUGCAGAAGCUGGUGCAGUACAUAAGAGAAGGAUUUCCAGAGAAGGGAAGAAUCCCGGCAAGAUUGAUGCCUUACUUUCACAUAAGGGAUGAGCUAACCCUCCAUGACGGGAUCGUGCUGAAGGGCCAACGUGCAGCAGUGCCACUGACGUUGAGAAAGAAGAUGUUGCAGAGGAUACACGCAUCGCACAUGGGCAUUGAAGCAUGCCUGAGGAAUGCGAGAGAGUGUGUGUUUUGGCCCGGCAUGAACGCCGAAGUGAGAGAUUACGUCAGCAAAUGUGACGUGUGCCAAACUGUGGGCAGCAAGCAGCAGAAGGAAACACUACAACCACACCCGGUGCCGAAGAGACCGUGGGAGCGAGUGGGAGUAGAUCUCUUCCAGUUCAAAGACAGAGACUACUUGAUCACAGUGGACUAUUACUCAAAUUUCUUUGAGAUAGACACAUGCGAAAACACACGAGCCACCACAAUCAUAAAGAAGCUGAAGACGCAGUUCUCCAGACAUGGCAUACCGGAUGUAGUGUUCAGCGACAAUGGCCCACAGUUCGCAGCUGCUGAGUUCGAGAAGUUCACACAAGAAUGGAACUUUACACACCAGACCUCGUCACCAGGCUAUCCAAAAAGCAAUGGGAAAGUGGAGAGUUCAGUGAAGACAGCCAAGCAGCUGAUGGAGAAAGCCUGGAUCGGGAACACAGACCCGUACCUCGCACUGUUGGAUUUCAGAAAGACAACAAUGCCAAUGAACACAGCAUCGUUGGAACCAGAAGUGCCCAAGGAAAUCCCACAGAAGAUCCAGAAAGAGAAAGAAAAACAACGCCGCUACUACAAUAGGCAGGCGCGAGAUCUGCCAAGGUUGAGCAUCGGAGACGCUGUGCGAUGUCAGCCACAUGGAACAAACACCAAUCGCUGGAAGAAAGGCACGGUGGUAGCAGAAGUAGGGAACCGAUCAUUUGAAGUAGAAACCGAAGAUGGAGGAGUGUACCGCAGAAACAGACGACAUCUGCGGAAGACACCGGAAACCCCACCAGCAACAGUGGGAACUGACGACGUUGACCAAGGAGAUGCUCCAGAACCAACGGUCAACGACGAACCAACAACAACGACGACAACACCACCAGCAGAGACAGCAGUGAAAGACGACACAGCUGGACAACAGAUGACAACACGGUCCGGACGAGCAGUUCGACCUCCAGUGCAUCUGAAGGACUACGUUCGCGAGUAAUGCAUGAACAGUAAUGCAUGAACAAUUAACUCAAGAAUUGACUAACUAACCGACUAACUAACCAUGAGAGAGACUCCCGAUCAGCAGAACACAAGAACUUUAGAUCGUGAAAGAUCUGAGAAAGAAACUGAACUAUAGACACAUUGAUUGUAUAAGAACUGAAACCUGAGUGUCAAAUAUGUGAAAAAAUCUAAAGAAAAGGGGAUGUGACAAGUGUUUAAUAGUAAUGAGCUCUAGGGUUAAUAUUCAUGAGCUAGACACUAACACGCAUGCGUAGCGUCAGGAGACGGGUAGAGGAACCUGAAGAGAGAUACCUCCACAAGGCACAGAGGCUCAUGUGG